AAAUGCAUCAAAAAGAGAGGGUAUAGCUGUUCCAUUGUGUUGUAUUUGUUUUCAGCAAAGUUCUAAUGGUCCUGUAAAGAAGUCCAUGCGUGAGAAGGCUGUUGAGAGAAGGAAUGUCAAUAAAGAGCAUAAUAGUAACUUUAAAGCUGGAUAUAUUCCAAUUGAUGAAGAUCGCCUCCAUAAAACGGGACUGAGAGGGAGAAAGGGCAAUUUAGCCAUCUGUGUGAUUAUCCUCUUGUUUAUCCUGGCGGUUAUCAAUUUAAUUAUAACGCUUGUUAUCUGGGCUGUGAUUCGAAUUGGACCAAAUGGCUGUGACAGCAUGGAGUUUCAUGAAAGUGGUCUGCUUCGAUUCAAACAAGUAUCUGACAUGGGAGUUAUACAUCCUCUUUAUAAGAGCACAGUAGGAGGAAGGCGAAAUGAAAAUUUGGUCAUCACUGGCAACAACCAGCCUAUUGUUUUUCAGCAAGGGACAACAAAGCUCAGUGUAGAAAAGAACCAAACUUCUAUUACAAGUGACAUUGGCAUGCAGUUUUUCGACCCAAGGACUCAAAAUAUCUUAUUCAGCACAGACUAUGAAACUCAUGAGUUUCAUUUGCCAAGUGGAGUGAAAAGUUUGAAUGUUCAAAAAGCAUCUACUGAAAGGAUUACCAGCAAUGCUACUAGUGAUUUAAACAUAAAAGUUGAUGGACGUGCUAUUGUGCGUGGAAAUGAAGGAGUGUUCAUUAUGGGCAAAACCAUUGAAUUUCACAUGGGUGGUAAUAUGGAGUUAAAGGCAGAAAACAGCAUCAUCCUAAAUGGAACUGUGAUGGUUAGCACAACUCGCCUACCUAGUUCCUCCAGUGGAGACCAGUUUGGUUCUGGCGACUGGGUGCGCUACAAGCUCUGCAUGUGUGCUGACGGAACUCUCUUCAAAGUGCAAGUAACUGGCCAGAACAUGGGCUGCCAAAUCUCAGACAACCCCUGUGGAAACACCCAUUAGAAGAACCCAAGAGGUCACCAAUAUGUUCAUAUCUUGACUUGACUUGUUUUUCGAGAGUAUGCAUGCAAAUCAUGUUUUUACAGAGUUUGUGGUAACUCGUAAUUAUUUUACCUGCAGAGCACUACUAUAUCUAUGUAAUCUCCAUAUUUAAAAUAUUCGCAGAGAGCCUAAAUUCUAAUACAUUUCAUUAAGUUGCACUGAUCUUCAAACUGCAGUUCUCUAAAAUAAUUAUCAGAAGUAAGUAAAACUAAAAUUAAUCUU